UACUUCUCCCGCCUGUCUGUCAGAUUCGACACGACAUUUGCCGUCUUCUCGCAAAGUGUGGAAAUUUUAGGAGGAAAAGUUUCUUUCAAUUUUCCGUAUUCAAAACCUUAAAUUUACCCCCAAAAAAUGGCAGAUCUCGGUGCUCCAGUUCGUGUUUCCCCGCUGAUCAAGUUCGGUCGUUGGUCGUUCCUGGCCAUCGGUGUGGCGUACGGAGCCUACCAUCAGCAGCGUCUGGCCAAGCGUGAAGUCGGUAUUCGUGAGGUCGAAGCACAGCAGAAAGUCAUCCGUGACGCGAAGUUGGCCGAGGAAAAGAAACGCCAGCAAGCAGAGGAAGCCAAGGCCAUCGCAGAGCUGUCCAACCCGGCCAAGAAGUAGGAAUCUGCGAGAAUUUAUUGUUAGUCCCUUAUUUUUUAAAACUCGUAUCGAAGAACGAAUUCAAACAAAUUGUAAUCUAAUUUUCAAGCCUUCCAAUGGAGGGAGAAACCAACAAACGAAACUGUGAAAAUAAAGGAUACUAAUAAAUUCCUAGCGGAAAGUUGCA